UCAACAACGUUGUGAGCCUGGCUCACUCUUUGAUCGCCUCCCUCCUUUCUGGGCUCCACUCUCCCACCCCUUCCCAAGCACCCCAGCCUCUGAGGGCUCCUCCUCCUCCCCCUCCUCCUCCCCUUCCUCCUCCUCUUGUUUCCUCCCCAGAGCCCCCUGGGCCGUCAGCUUUUCAGGAUUGUCCUUUCUCCUCCUGCGUUCGCCCAGUCAAGGGUAUCUUUGCCUGAGGUCGGAGUGAUGCUGUUAGACCUGGCGAUAUGAUUGCAUAGCAACACUGAGAACCAGGAGGAGGAGGAGGGGGAAGAGAGGAGGAGGGGGAGAGGGGAAGGGGGUGGAGGAGCCAGAGGAGGAGAGUGUGCACACAGCAGCUGUGGGCAUCCCUGUCACAGCGACUUCUUUGCUGAUUCACAGAGGCAGUCCAGCCCCUCGCCUCCCGCCUUGCCUUCAGCUGCCGCCUGCUUCCGCGACCUGACAGGAUUGCAAGGGAUAUGAUUUUCUCCCUGAGGACUGCCUUAGCUGCAUCCCAGAAAUUUUGGUGCUUUUGUCCCCCUGCCCUGCCCUGCCCCUCCAUGAGCUGCUGUUCUGAUGCAGCCCAUGGUCAUGCAGGGAUGUCCCUACACGUUCCCACGAUGUCAUGAGUGGCGGGCAGCUGACCAAUCCCAGCACAACGGUGGCCUCAAUACCACCCGCCCCCAGCCUCAGGUUAGAGCCACAGCUGCCCCUUCUCAGGAUGGUGCAGGGCCGGCCUGUGUGAGGCAGCAAGCCCUGAACGGUGCCGUCGGGCCCCUGGAUGCUCCAGCCAUGAAUCUGUGUUGGAACGAAAUCAAAAAGAAGUCCCACAACCUCCGGGCUCGACUUGAGGCCUUCUCAGAUCCCAGUGGGAAGCUGCAGCCCCCUCUUCAAGAGAUCAUUGACUGGCUCAGUCAGAAGGAUGAAGAGCUAUCUGCUCAGCUGCCACUCCAGGGGUCCGUGGCCCUGGUUCAGAAGGAAAAGGAGACUCAUUCGGCUUUUAUGGAAGAGGUCAAGUCCCGGGGCCCCUAUAUCUACUCAGUACUCGAGUCAGCUCAGGCCUUCCUAUCCCAGCACCCGUUUGAAGAACUAGAAGAAUCCCAUUGUGAGAACAAAGAUGCUUCCCCCAGACGGAAGAUCCAGAACCUCAGCCGCUUCGUGUGGAAGCAGGCGACUGUGGCCAGCGAGCUGUGGGAGAAGCUGACUGCCCGCUGUGUAGACCAGCAUCGCCACAUCGAGCGUACCUUAGAGCAGCUGCUGGAGAUCCAUGGAGCCAUGGGGGAGCUGAGCAACGCCCUGAGCCAGGCUGAAGGCAUCCGGGCUACCUGGGAGCCCAUUGGGGACCUCUUCAUCGACUCCUUGCCAGAGCACAUCCAGGCCAUCAAGCUGUUCACAGAGGAACUGGCCCCAGUGAAGGAGGGAGUGAAGUUGGUGAAUGAGCUAGCUCACCAGCUGGCCAUCUCUGAUGUGCAUCUCUCCAUGGAGAACUCCCGGUCCCUGGAGCAAAUCAAUACUCGCUGGAAACAGCUGCAGGCUUCAGUAAAUGAACGGCUCAAGCAGCUCCAAGAUGCCCACCGGGAUUUUGGGCCAGGAUCCCAGCACUUCCUGUCCACCUCCGUGCAAGUCCCCUGGGAAAGAGCAAUUUCACCCAAUAAAGUGCCCUACUACAUCAACCAUCAGGCUCAGACCACAUGUUGGGACCACCCCAAGAUGACUGAGUUGUACCAAACGCUGGCUGACCUGAACAACAUCAAAUUCUCAGCGUAUCGGACAGCUAUGAAACUCCGCCGCGUCCAGAAGGCCCUGCGCUUGGACCUGGUGACUCUGAACACAGCUUUGGAGAUCUUCAAUGAGCAUGAUCUGCAGCCCAGUGAGCAUGUGAUGGAUGUGGUUGAGGUCAUCCACUGCCUGACAGCCCUGUAUGAGCGGCUGGAGGAGGAGAGGGGCAUCUUGGUGAACGUGCCACUCUGUGUGGACAUGAGCCUCAACUGGCUCCUCAAUGUGUUUGAUAGUGGGCGCAGCGGAAAGAUGCGAGCCCUGUCUUUUAAGACUGGCAUUGCCUGCUUGUGUGGAACAGAAGUGAAAGAGAAAUUUCAGUACCUGUUCAGCCAGGUGGCCACCUCAGGCAGCCAGUGUGACCAGCGCCACCUGGGUGUUCUGCUCCAUGAGGCCAUCCAGGUACCUCGCCAACUGGGGGAAGUGGCAGCCUUCGGGGGAAGCAACGUGGAGCCCAGUGUCCGCAGCUGCUUCCGCUUUAGCACUGGAAAGCCGGUCAUCGAAGCCGCCCAGUUUCUGGAAUGGGCCAACCUGGAGCCACAGUCCAUGGUGUGGCUGGCUGUGCUGCACCGUGUGACCAUCGCAGAGCAGGUGAAGCACCAGACCAAAUGCUCCGUCUGCAGGCAGUGCCCUAUCAAAGGUUUCAGGUAUCGGAGUCUUAAGCAGUUCAACGUUGACAUCUGCCAGACCUGCUUCCUAACGGGCAGGGCCAGUAAAGGAAACAAGCUACAUUACCCCAUCAUGGAAUAUUACACGCCGACUACUUCGAGUGAGAACAUGAGGGAUUUUGCUACAACACUGAAAAACAAAUUCCGGUCCAAGCAGUAUUUCAGCAAACACCCGCAGAGAGGAUACCUACCUGUGCAGUCUGUGUUGGAGGCCGACUACAGCGAGCCGCCUGCCUCCUCCCCGAUGUUACCACACUCUGAUACACAUUCCCGCAUCGAACACUUUGCCAGCAGGCUCGCUGAGAUGGAAAGUCAGAACUGCUCCUUCUUUAAUGAUAGCCUGUCCCCUGAUGACAGCAUAGAUGAAGAUCAGUACCUGCUGAGGCACUCAAGCCCCAUCACAGACCGGGAGCCUACCUUUGGACAACAGGCUCAGAACACCAUGGCUGCCGAUGACAAGGGGGAGCUGGAGAAGAUCUUAGCUCACCUGGAGGAUGAGAACAGGAUCCUCCAAGGGGAGCUGCGACGCCUGAAGUGGCAGCACGAGGAGGCUGCUGAGGGCCCCCCUGAGGUGGCCCAGGACCCCCGCAAUGAGGAGCUCUUAGCUGAAGCCAGGCUCCUUCGGCAGCACAAGAGCCGCCUGGAAACCCGCAUGCAAAUUCUGGAGGACCACAACAGGCAGCUGGAGUCCCAGCUGCUGCGCCUAAGGGAGCUGCUGCUGCAGCCACCCCCUGAAUCGGAAGGCAAUGGCUCAGGGGGCUCCUCCCUGGCCUCUUCCCCACAGCAGUCAGAGGGCAGCCAUGCCCUGGAGAAGGAGCACACCACCCCUGACACAGAAGCUGCAGAUGACGUGGGGCAAAAAAGCCAGGAUGUCAGCCUAUGCUUGGAGGACAUCAUGGAGAAGCUGCGUCACGCCUUCCCCAAUGUCCGAAGCCCAGAUGUGCCCACCAACACAUUAUUGGCUUCCUGAUGUGUCCCAACAUUCAUCCCAUACUCUGGAUCCUUAUCCUGGCUCUGGCCAGACCCCCUCUCCCCGUCUCAACCAGGUCCAUCCUGUCCCCACUGGCCCUUCUCAUUCACUCAUCCCCCACAGGCAGCAGCAGGGACUUGAGAUGGGAGAAGCCAGACAUUGGUGGGGUGGGAUGGGGUGGGAAAGAUGGGGGGAGCCAGCAGAGAGACCUCCUGAUCCUCAAGGUGGCUGCCCGCUUCCUCUCCACACACUGCUGCCAUAUCCCAGUCAAGGGGUGGGUGGGGGGCAGCUAGUUACCUUAGGGAUCUGAGCAGUGCCUGUUCUGUUCCCCACCUUCUCUUUAGACCACAGGAGCUGCCUGGGGAUCUUGCCCUCUGGCCCAGCUCACAGCCCAUGUGGGCACAACCCCGCCCCCUCCCCAGAGAGUCUGGUGCAGAGCGCUGCUCAACAUUGAUGGUUUGCUGCCUGAAACUCCUUCCUCCCUCCUGCCCCCUAACUCGGCCUCCCCUUGCUUGGCAGGAUGGUGCCCUAGUCAGGCUUUCAGACUAGUCUUACUUGUUCCACUAACCCCCAGUGCUCCUCACAGGCACUCCUAGCAGACAGGCAUUAGCGUGCUCUCCUUCCGCCUUUGGAAAGGAUCCUUGAGAUUUGCUGGCUCCUAACACCACCUAACAUUUGGGCCACAUUUGGAAAAAUGGAAGCAACACUGGUGUGGAUGCCCUCCCCCUUCUAUUUCUUCAAGGCCUCAGGCUCCUGGGCGAUUGGCCAGCAAUGCCCUGGGAAACCUAGCUCAGGGGGGCUGCUUGUUUUCCUCCGGUCCCCACGGAUCCUGGAGAUUUGCCCAGGACUUCCUCCUACAGGGUCAGGGGUGGCAGCACCAGGCCAGGUCUCUGAAGGGGCUUUGUCCCUGCCACCUCCUUAGGGCAAUGGUUGCAAAGGUGCCCCCUGUGCCAGCCUGAGAUGCCACAGCAGUAUUCCCAGGGCUGUGACUGGGCCCAGUGCCUCCUCCCCAGGGUGAGGCAGGCCACCACCCUGAUGCAUAUAGGCCAGCUGGGGUGCUGCUUGUGGCCUCAGGGGUCCAGUUGCUCUUCCAGAGUAUCCAGAGAGGUCAGAAGGGCUUUUUCUUAUUUGAUCCCCUUGAAAUGGAGAGCACCCUUUAGCACAGAGCAUGGGCCUCAGCCCCAGAAGCAGGCCUGAGCAGGCAGGGGGCUGUGGACCUCUGACCCAAGCCUUAUACUGGGAGGAGCUCAUUUAUAAUGGAGCCCUGGAACCCACUGCAGCUAAGUCUCUCUAGUGUAGUUAGAUACAUCUAUCACUGUUCUGUGCAUCCGAAUUCUCAUGGCCUCACUCGCACAUUAAAUUCUAAUACCUCAUCAAGUACUCAUGUUCUGCCUUGCUCUUUGUCAGUACCAGCCUCUGGCUGGGUGGGGAGAAGUGCCUGGAUGACUAUAUCCUGAGCUGCUCCCUCGGGGACUUUCUCUAGGUUUGCUACAGGCCACUUGGGGACCCGGGCUCCUGGACCUGUGACCAGAGGCCCUCGGUUACCCCCAGGGGAUGCUUCCAGGACCUAGGUUAGACCAAAUCAAACAAAGCUCUGUCCUGUCCCAGAUCCCCCAGUGUGCCAGAGUGGGAACUGAAGGUCUCAGCUAGGGUGACUGGAUUCUGUUUCUGUUAUCCCCUGCCCCCUCCCAAUUCCGAGGCAACAUGGCUUAUCCUUUAGCUCCUUCUCUUUGCAAGGCCUUGCUUGGCCUCCUAAAGGAAGCAGAAGCCAACUUCCCCCUUGGGUGGCCCUAGGACACAAUGGGGGCUAGGAGAGGAAGAGAAUCUGUCUGCAUCUGCUACGGUGAAGAUGCAUGGAUGGCAAGCCAGGUGUGGGAGGCCCGGUGGCCACCAUCACAGUUGUUUGGUGCCAUCAAAUACCUGGGCCUCCUGGGACAAGGUUGUAUAUCACAAGGCCAGGGAGGCUCUGCACUGGCCACAAACGGGGUGAGAAUGGUAGAAAGGUGCCAGGGAGAUGCAACAGGGUGAACCGUUGGAUGGAAAUGGGGAAUUUGCUUGCUUGUUGUUAGAAUGGUUGUUUCCCCAAGCCUGGCCCAGAGUAGUUUUUCACCAGGCACACCCUGGAAGGAUCCCCGGGCCCAAGAUCUCAGCUGCCUGCCUCCAACAGUGAGUCAGGCUGGCAGGCGAGGAUGGGGACCUGCCACUACAGUGGGAGGGAGGGGUACAGCAGAGAGUGGAACUUUCCCUAAAGGGGGAUCACUGAGCCCCUGUGGUCAUACCUGAGACAGGUGUGUUGCUGUUAUCAGAGCACGGGGGUGAAUGAGCCUUGGGAAUCCUUGAAAUGUGCUGUAUGUUGUCAGACCAUCCAUUGUGUUGAGUUUCUUGUCAUGUAUACAAGUGGUUGGGUGGGGUGUUGCUAGCAGCCUAGAGAAGGUCUUCUCAUUUGUGGGGUUUGUGUAGCUCUAGGGGGCAUGGGUGGCCUGAGUUGGCCAUAGCUGCAGUGGAAUGGUGCCAGUGAUAAGUCCGGACUGACAGAGUGUGUUUGCUGCGAUGGGUUUGGGGAUGACUCUACCAUUCAGGGAGGUGGCCAAGCCUGCCUUCCUCUCUUCUUAGAUGACUCGGGCGAGAGUUGGAAGCACAUCCCCCUUCCCCCCACAGGGAUGCUAAGGCAGGCAGAGGGCAGGGCCAGCACCUUCCACCGAGCGAGUGUUCUGGAUGGCAGAGGCCCAGCUCUGGAGCAAUUCGGCUGGGAUUCCACCAAGGUUCAAGUAAGGAAGGGGCCAAACAAAGUAACCUGUCCAACCUUAGAAAGGGCAUGCAGGUCUUGACCUGGGGUCAAGGAGUCUUCCUUCCUUGGCUUUCGCUGCUCUGUCCCUGGGCCAACCCCAUGCCCAACCCUGACCCUACAAGGGGAUACUUUCAUUUCUUUCUUUGGCAACACAAAGUGGCUGUGGCAGGGCCAGGAGUCAUUCCCCGGAGGAGGGCAUUGGCUGAGUACCUCUGUCCUCCCAUCCCUAGCUCAGGCUGCCAGGGGGGCAAGGGCAGACGGAGUGGGAGGGAGUGUUCCUGAAGAGUUGGGGCUGGGGGCAAACUGGCGCCUCCUUUGGUUACCACUCACUGUGGUGCUGUUUCCUCUUCUCUCUAAUUCUGCUUUGGAAAGAAUAAAUUUGUAUUUGUAUGCUUCUGCUCUUCUUCAUGAGUCUCCUUUAUGCCCA